GGCUUAAAGAUCCAGUAAUCUCCUCCCAGCCUGAGGAGGAAGAAAUACCUAGCUUGCAUUUAUCAUUUGCCAUUUGCCACCAUGACGUCAGCUCGGGGCUGAACUCUACCUGUGGCUGGAACCUUAAAUGAGCUGACACCAGAAGACAAAAGCACUUUCUCUGAGGUUUAGCAGCAAGUAGCAGCAGCCACAGAGGCGGCAAUGAGACGCUGUGUAUUCCUCGCUGUGUUGCUCAGCCUGGUGUUGAGCCUUUUGAAAGGAAACAGCACCGAAGCAAGUUCUACCCUGCCUGGAACAACCCCAGCAACUACAGGAAACAGCACCGAAGCAAGUUCUACCCUGCCUGGAACAACCCCAGCAACUACAGGAAACAGCACCAAAGCAAGUUCUACCCUGCCUGGAACAACCCCAGCAACUACAGGAAACAGCACCGAAGCAAGUUCUACCCUGCCUGGAACAACCCCAGCAACUACAGGAAACAGCACCAAAGCAAGUUCUACCCUGCCUGGAACAACCCCAGCAACUACAGGAAACAGCACCGAAGCAAGUUCUACCCUGCCUGGAACAACCCCAGCAACUACAGGAAACAGCACCGAAGCAAGUUCUACCCUGCCUGGAACAACCCCAGCAACUACAGCAGUGGACACAGCAUCAUCUUCAACAACAGCUCCAGAAGAGGACUUCUGCAGCGGAGACCCUUGUGGAAAAGCAUUAGCUAAAUGUAUUGCUUUAAAUAGCAGUUUUAUCUGCCAGUGCCAAUAUGGAUUCUACUACAGCAACAAGGAUUGUCACAGAGGGAAAAUAUUCCCAGGAGUCAUUACACUGAAAAGACUUUACAGUAGUAGUCUUCAAAUUGUAAAUUCCGCGCAGUAUGAGGAGGUGUACGAAAAUAUAACAGUAUUGUUUCAGAAUGCCUUCCAGGGUUUAACAGGCUUUGUACAGACUGUCAUCGUGGAAAUUCAACCUCUACAAGAAAUGAGAGCUGCUGUUUCAGUACGUGUAACAGUGAUAAACCUGUUUACGGAGAACUCAACUGUAAACAAUGACACAGUUACUUCUGCAAUAAAUACUGCAACAGAAAAAUUGACCUAUGUCUCUCAUUACACAGCUACAACCUAUUGUGCUGUUUUUCUCUGUGAUGAUCAAACCACAGACUGCGAAGAAGGUCAGUUUCCAAAAUGCACAUGCAAAAGUAGUUUCUCAAAGACAGAAUGGGAUGAGCGUUCUUGUUCAGAUUGCAGUAAAGACUGUUCUGCAGAAGAAAACGAGUACUGUGUAAGAGAAGAAAAUGGUGUUCCAACAUGCAAAUGCAAGCCUGAUUUUGAAAAGAAGGAUCAAAAAUGUGUACCUUGUCCUAUAGGCUACUCUGGGGAGAACUGCAAAGACAAUAGUGAACUCAUCCUUAUAAUAGUGGGUACAGUGUUUGGAGCCGUUAUCCUAUGUUUAGUGAUAGCGAUCUCUGUUGUUUCAGUAAGAGCCAGACACAAAAAAGAUCCAGAGAAGAAAAGCCUGAUAAAGUCAGGAUAUUCAAAAAAAAAUACCUUUGAUGCUGAUGAUAGACAGACCACGAUGUUCCCCAGAGUCCAGACAACUUCUGGCCAUGCAAACCCAGGGUACCAGCCAAACAACCCCUAUGAGAUGCGUUCUGCAAAUAGAAGACGUUUUCCAGAGAGGGAUUAUGAUGAUUUGUACGAAGUAUCACGGGAGCCUGAGGGCUUUAGGAUGCAGAGCAGAUACUGAGUGACCAGAGCGGUAGAAGGAUGGAUGACAACUGCGACAAUGGGUCAGACCGAAGAGUUUCACAGCCUCUCACCAAUGCAGUUACUUCAGCAGAAGAGACAACAAAGUCCAUAACCCCAGACACUGUGAAGAUUUUCUGAAGGAAGACCCUUGCUUGAAAGAAAACUUGGACAACUCUAAAAUAAGGGAAAAAUGAAACAGAGGGUAGGGAGACGAAGAGGACUUUUAAAAGAACCAGUGGACUCCAAUACACAUUAGACUCUUUUCAGGAGGGUCAGUACUUUGACAAGAAAGUGAGUGUAGACAUGGUACCAGGAUCUUAACCCUGUUGUUUUUUAACUCUUCUGGAAGAUAGUCCAGGCAAUAUGUGCUGCUGAAAAAUGUGACCACCCAGAGCUUUGCCUGUAUUUGUGUUCACUCUGUUUCAGCUGCAGGCAGCCUGCGUGGCUUUGGGCAGGGCAAAACUGUGUUUCAUAAGAACCUAACCUGGUUUUCUUUACUAUAUCAGAUAGUCUUUUUCCCUCCUCAACCCCUCAGUAUUUCCUAUCUAAAAGCAUUCUGUUCAGAUCUCUGCUGACAUGCGUUGUGUGAGACAAUGGUACUUGCCUGACCUUUUACACAGCCUUCCUUCCCAAUACAAUGACAAGAAACAGUAUCGUCAAACAAACACUACUGUUCUCCAUCUCGCACACUACAUUGAUU